GGCGGCUAUUCCGCGAUGGGCACCCACCGCCGACACACACCGCUGCUGCUGGCGCUGCUCGCAGCCGGCGCCGCCUCCGCCGCCACGCUGCAGCCGCAGCCACUGGUCCCAGGUUACGGGAAGGAGUUUCGGCAGUUCGGCAACUACAACGGUAUCCCAAUCGCUCCCAGGCCCUCGCCAUGGAUAAGGGCGGCCGAAAUACAAAGUGCGGACGCCGCUGUCUACCCCGGCGAGCGGCAGCAACCAUCGUUCCCUGAGCAACAGGUGCCUUUUGGUAACGCCAUCAUCCUUCAGAGGAGGGGGCCGCAGUACCCCGUGCUACCAGCGGCCCCUGAGCAGCAGGCGCCACCUGCUGACGGCUUCAUCUACCAAAGGAUGGGACCGCCCCCACUAGGACCGGGACCAUACAACGGUGACCAGGUGCCACAAAAAUACGAACACUCGAUGCUGCUGAUCGAUCAUCCGCCUGGUCAGAUGAUGUCCCAGCAACAGCAGCCAGGCCAACAGACUAUUUUCAGCGGCGACCAGAUGCCACAUAAAUACGAACACUCGAUGCUGCUGAUCGACCAUCCACCAGACCAGAUGAUGCCGCAGCAACAGCAGCCGGAUCAACAGACUAUUGUCAGGAGGGAGGACGGCGCCGCCGGUGAGCCUGUGCAGUACGAACACUCGAUGCUGGAGGUGCACGGGACGUCGCAGCAGCAGGACCAACAGCCAGACAUGAGCGGUGACCCAAUGCCGGCGGGAAGUCCAGCGGAAGAAACUGUCCAGGUGCAGGUUCCGUCAGCCGACCAGCAGCCAUCGGCACAGGAGAGCAGUGGCGCCAUUGCCCAGGUGACACAGCCGGACAGCUCAGUGCCCCAGGGCCCCAUGGCACCCAUGUUGAUGCCUUAUCAGCAGGGACAGCGACCCUUGGGCGUCAUCUUCCAGUCGAACGAGCCGUACCCCGGGCUGAGCCCACCGCCAGCCUACCAGCCAGAGCAGGUGGCCUGGGGAGUCCCUCCCGUGCAGAUGCCUGCCUACCCAGCUCCCUUCCGCGAACAGCCGCCUCAACAGGGGCAGCAGCCCGGAACGCCAACUGUCGUCGAGUUUCCGCGACCUGCUGGCUACCCAGACGACUUCCAGGUCAAGGGCGGAUACCAGCCAUUCUUGAGCCAGCGACAGGGCUAUAACCCACCUCUAGUCAGCUUCGGCAUGCCUCCUGUUGCGGAAGACCGCGUGGGUGCGGUGCCGCCACCUCCCGGUGGCGUUGCGCCUUUCCCGAUGCCGCCCAGCUACGUACCCGAAACUCCACUGGAGGAGACCAGCCAGGCUGAGGUCGUGCCUGACAAAAACGAGCAGUCAGAAUCACACGAGACGGAGAAGAGCAAGGACGGCGACGCGAAGGACGACGACGACGACGACGCUAGCGACGAGAUCGAGAACAAGGUGAAGGCCCUGAAAGACGCAGUGGAUGUGGAAGAGGAGGUGGUGCCAGCACUGGUGGUGUUCCUGCGCAAGAAGGGCCACAAGGCGUUCCACGACAAGGACUCGGUGGGCAUCCCCGGCAAAGAGGACCGCUUCCGGCGCAGCCCCGGCGGGGGCAGUGGCUCCUCCAGCCACUCGUCCAGCUCCAGCUCCUCCAGCUCGGGCCCGCUCUACUUCGGCGACGGCGGCGGCAGCUACAGCUCCAGCUCCAGCCAGAGCAGCGCCUCGUCCAGCUCUGGAGGCGGCGCGCCCCUAGGUCUCGGUGCAGGUGCUCCAGGUCUCGGAGGCGGUAACGGCUUCUACGGUGGAGGACACGCGCCAUCUUCUGGAUACGGCGUCUCCGGCGGCGGCAGCGGCGGCAGCGGUGGCUAUGGCAACACUGGCUACGGCAACACGGGCUACGGCAGCAGUGGUUACGGGGGCGGCGCUGGAGGCAGCGGCGGCGGCGGAGGCUAUGGUGGCAGCGGGUACGGCGGCGGCGUGGGCCCUAGCGGGGGCGGCGGCAGCUACGGGGGCGGUUGCUCCAGCUGUGGUGACGACAGCAACGUGCUGCUGAACCGCUUCGGUGAAGUGGAGGGCGGCGGCCCGUUCACGGUGGGCGGCAGCGGCACCUCCAAGGGCCAGGGCGUGCACUCGUCCGCCAGCUCCUCCAUCGACAGCACCGGCAAGGUCACCUACACCGCCUUCGCCGGCAAGCACUGAGUCUCUACACCCCGUACCGGUCCUCGCAGAUCCGUAGCGCGAGACCUCCGACAGCAGUCGCCACCUAUCUCCGUCCUUCCGCCAAAUCUGCAUCAUAGUCCUCGAAACGCAUAUCCGACAGUUAUUCGCGCAAAAUGUCAAAACUUAUUCUGCUGUCAGAUAUUUCCGUUUGUGAAAAAUAUACCAUUUGUCAACUGCUGAAAAUAAUACGAAAAAUUCAGUGUAAACCAAAAUGUAUCCUUAAGUAGAUCAAUAAAUCUCCCCCAUCCAAAUAAA